AUGAGUGCCGCGUUACCUUCCAUCCAACUUUCUGUCGAUUAUACUGUAUUAACUCAAGAUAUUAAUGACUUCCUAUCCCAUUUUAAAAAGGAUGAAUUUGCACAGACUACCAACAACGAGGAGGGAGAACAAGAUGCGGAUAUGACUGAUGGCAUUGGUGGAGGUCCUAAAUACUUAGCCAUUUUGGAAAAAGUCGCUAAUAGAGAACUGGAUUCCAUCACUGUAGAACUAGACGACAUUUUACAAUUCCAGAAUGAAAAAUUCCUAGAAGGAACCAGUACUAAUAAUGGUACUGAUUUGGUCUCUGCCAUUCAACAGAAUGCAAACCAUUUUAUUGAAUUAUUUUGUCGUGCUAUUGAUGAUUUAAUGCCACUUCCAACAAAACAGAUUGAUUAUAAAGAUGAUGUACUAGACGUGAUAUUAAGUCAAAGAAGAUUAAGAAAUGAAAGAAUGGUUAAUGACAGAACCCACGAAUUGAGAAACGAAAAUUUAAUGGAUCCAAAUAAUACUGAACCUUCCUCUUCACAGGAUAUAUUAAGGGAAGUAGCCACUGAUGAGACUGAACUAUUUCCAGCAAAUUUAACAAGACGUUAUUUCUUCUAUUUGAAACCUUUAUCUCCACAAUAUGCUCAUCGUCAUAGAUCAAAUAUUAAAAAGUCACAUUAUAAACCGUUAUCUGUGAGAGAAAUUAAAGGUGAUUUCUUAGGUCAAUUAAUUACCGUUAGAGGUAUUGUCACCAGAGUAUCUGAUGUGAAACCAUCUGUUCUUGUUAUUGCAUACACAUGUGAUCAAUGUGGGUAUGAAGUCUUUCAAGAAGUUCAUUCACGUACUUUCACUCCCUUAAUUGAUUGUACUUCAGAGGAAUGUGCUCAAAAUCAAACCAAGGGACAAUUGUUCAUGAGUACGAGAGCCUCAAAAUUUAGUGCCUUCCAAGAAGUGAAGAUUCAAGAAUUAUCACAACAAGUGCCCGUGGGUCAUAUCCCAAGAUCAUUAUCUAUUCACGUAAAUGGCGCUCUCGUCAGAUCAAUGACACCUGGGGACAUCGUCGACGUAAGUGGUAUCUUCUUACCAAGUCCAUAUACAGGGUUUAAAGCUUUAAAAGCUGGGCUUUUGACAGAAACUUAUUUGGAGGCACAAUUUGUACGUCAACAUAAGAAGAAAUUUGCCUCAUUUGAUUUAUCAUCUGGUAUGGAAGAUCGUGUUACCGAAAUGAUUGCCCAAGGAGAUGUUUAUAAUAGAAUGGCUAAAUCUAUUGCUCCUGAAAUUUAUGGUAAUUUAGACGUUAAGAAGGCGCUAUUAUUAUUAUUAGUUGGUGGUGUGGAUAAAAAAGUUGGUGAUGGUAUGAAGAUUAGAGGUGAUAUUAAUGUUUGUUUAAUGGGUGACCCAGGGGUAGCCAAAUCUCAAUUAUUGAAGGCAAUUUGUAAGAUUUCACCAAGAGGUGUUUACACGACAGGUAAAGGUUCUUCAGGUGUUGGUUUGACGGCCGCCGUGAUGAAGGAUCCAGUGACAGAUGAAAUGAUCUUGGAAGGUGGUGCCCUUGUCUUAGCUGAUAAUGGUAUCUGUUGUAUUGAUGAAUUCGAUAAGAUGGAUGAAAGUGAUAGAACUGCCAUUCAUGAAGUGAUGGAACAACAAACAAUUUCCAUUUCUAAAGCAGGUAUUAACACUACUUUGAAUGCUAGAGCAUCGAUUCUUGCUGCUGCAAAUCCAUUAUAUGGUAGAUAUAAUCCUAGAUUAUCUCCUUUGGAGAAUAUUAACCUUCCAGCUGCAUUAUUGUCCAGAUUUGAUAUCUUAUUCUUGUUAUUAGAUACACCCAACAGAGAAAAUGAUGAAAAACUAGCUGAACAUGUUGCAUACGUUCAUAUGCAUCAAAGUCAACCAGAUUUAGAAUUUGAACCCAUUGAACCAGCCAGAAUGAGAGAAUAUAUUGCAUUUGCCAAGUCUAAGAGACCCGUGAUGAAUGAAGCAGUUAACGAAUAUGUUAUUCAAGCUUAUAUUAGGUUGAGACAAGAUUCUAAGAGAGAAAUGGAUUCUAAGUUUUCAUUUGGUCAAGCUACCCCAAGAACAUUAUUGGGUAUUAUAAGAUUGUCGCAAGGGUUAGCCAAAUUAAGAUUAUCCGAUACUGUAGAUAUUGAUGAUGUCGAGGAAGCACUAAGGCUUGUUAGAGUCUCCAAGGAAUCAUUAUACCAGGAUAAUAAUAAGACUAGAGAGGAUGAAAAUCCAACAACGAAGAUUUUCACCAUUAUUAAGAAUUUGUCGCAGGAUCCAAGUAUAGCAAAUAAGAACUCACUACCUUACGAAACGAUAGUUAAGACAGUGAGAUCAAGAGGGUUCACAAUGCUACAGUUAAAUAACUGUAUCCAAGAGUACUCGUAUUUGAAUGUGUGGCAUUUACUAAAUGAAGGUAACACAUUAAAAUUUGUCGAUGAUGGAUCCAUGGAGGAGGAUGAAGAUGGAAGUGGGAAUGCUACUCCAAGGGAGCAAACUCAACUAGCCACAGCCACUCCAGAUCUAACAUAUCAGGCACCAUCACAUGAAGAAGACGAAGACACUGAAAUGAAGGAUGCCUAG